AUGUCUGUUGUCGUUCCUCAUGAGAAUCUCGCAGAAGAUUUUGAUGAUGAAUUAGAAGACAGAGAUCAGUAUUUUGUGCAGAAACUUGUUGAGGAGUUCGAAGACGAGCCAUCGAUUCUUCACAACGAAUAUCCAGAGACUGAGAGUGAUAGUGAAGAAGAAGCAGAGGAAGGCGAACCUCUUGUAGGAAGACAGCGAACCCCUCAUAUCAGGCGUGGUGAUGGACCUGAUGGCCAUUUGUACAAAGACCAGACCUUCUUCAAUGGAGUUGCUUUCAAAGAAGCUGUUCUUGACUAUGCACUAAAAAGCAAACGAAAUCUGAAGCAAUACAGGUAUGAUAAAGAUAAGAUAGGGUUUGAAUGUGUUGGUGGUGGUAGUAAAGUUAAUGGUGAAGACUGUAAGUGGCAAGUAUAUGCUUCAACACUUCCAAGUGAUCCCAUGUGGAGAGUUAGGAAGUUCAUAGAUACACAUACAUGUGUUCCUAAUGGGAAGUGUGAGAUGAUUAAGGUUCCUGUGAUUGCUAGGCUAUUUUUAGAUAAAAUCCGAGAGGAACCAAGUUACUACAUGCCAAUGAAGAUUGAAGAACAGAUUCAAAAAUGGGGUAUAAUUGUAUCUAGGCCUCAAUGUCAAGCAGCUAGGAAUAAUGCAUUGAAGUGGAUUGAUUGGGAAUAUGAUCAGCAGUUUUCCCGUCUCCGAGAUUAUGCUGCUGAGUUGCUAGAGUCAAACAAAGAUUCGACUGUGGAGGUUGACUGUUUGACAAAUGCGGAAGGUCAAGAUGUGUUUAAUAGGUUUUAUGUAUGCUUUGAUGUCAUCAGAAGAACCUGGAAAAAUACUUGUAGGCCAUUGCUAGGUCUUGAUGGCACCUUCUUCUCAGGGAAAAUUAAAGGAACUGUAUUGGUGGCUAUGGGUAGAGAUGCAGAUAAUCGGAUAUACCCUGUAGCUUGGGGUGUAGUUUCAGUGGAAAAUUUUGACAAUUGGCAAUGGUUUCUGAGGAAGUUGAAGAUCGAUUUGCAACUUAAUGAUGGUGAUCAAUACAUCAUUGUUUCUGAUCGACAAAAGGUAACUAUAUAG